AUGGGACGUCGAUCGAAGCAAAAGCAACCCCCUCCUGCCCCCCUCUUUCCCGACGCUUCCCGUUCCGCUCCUCGCAAGAGCCCGAAGGUCGUCAAGGCCAAGACGUCGGGUGCUGAGCAGCUUACCGCCCUCACUGCGCCUUCGAAGAGCAAUGGGAAACGAAAAGCUGUGGAUUUGGAUGCGGAGGUAAAUGCAAGAGUGAGAGGAAAGAUCGCAAAGGUCAAGAGUGGCCUCGGCGUACAGCGCGGUGCUGCGAAGACCGGCAAGGGAAAGGGAAAGGUUGCAGGCGAAGAACAGAUUGAGAGAAGGUGAGAGCACCAUGAAGCGACUGAGUUGUGGGCCGUUUUUCAGCCUCGAAGUCUCACCUGCGUCGCCUUCCCUUUGGUCUUUCAACAGCAUCGCGUUCGACUCGGAAGACGAGGCAGGCGACGGCUUCGAUGGCUUGUCCAGCGGCGAUGAGGAGGAAGCGCUAGCAGACGAAUUCGAAGGACUAGAUGGCGAGGAGGAGGGGAAGGAUGAAGCUGAGGUGGAAGGAGCUUCCUCCUCAGGCAGCGGAGUGGAGUACUCGGACGAAGAUGCUUCGGAUCAUCAAGCAGCCUUGGGACUGGAGAUGUCGGGCGACGAGGAAGGCGACGAUCCUCUGGUCGGUGCGCAGGAUGAGGAGAACGAGUCUGAUGAGGCAGACGAAGAGGAGGAAGAUGGAGAAGAUGCGCCGCUUCAGCUGCCCGAAUUGCCUCCCAAGGGUACCAAGCUGAGCGAAAGGCAGAGAAAAAAGUACAUCGCUGAAGCUGAGAGGUUGGAGCUGCUCCUCAAAAGUCAAGGCCACACCCUCGACUCCGACAACCAAGAUGACGAGGAAGGGUCAGAGGCGGAUGAAGACAGCGAAGGUGGUGAUGAGAAUUUGGAGCUCAGCGAGGUGACUGAGGACGAAGACGAAUCGGAUGGAUCGUCCGCCGAAGAGGACCAUGAAGGGGACUUCAUCCUUCCCACGCUCGAAGAGCGAGACGCCGAGUCUGCCAAGGGGGUGGACUUGCAGGUGGUGCAGUUGAGAAUGCAAGAGGUGGUCAAUAUCUUGUCCGACUUUAAGAACCUGGCCAGGGAUGGCAGGAGUCGCAGCGAGUACACUGAGCAACUCGUUUUGGAUAUUUGCGCGUACUAUGGCUACAAUGCUUUCUUGGCUGAACGGCUGCUGCAGCUUUUCCCCGCUGCCGAAGUACGUGUUGCCAGGCCAGAGCUCCAGUCUUCGAUGCGAAUGUUGUUGUGAAGCUGAUGUCCUGCUCCUCCACACCCACCCGCGCUUCUCCAGGCGCUCGAAUUUUUCGAGGCCAACGAGAGACCCAGACCUGUUACAAUACGCACCAACACUCUUCGCACGCGUCGAAGAGAUCUGGCACAAGCACUGAUCAACCGAGGCGUGACGCUGGAACCGCUGGGCAAAUGGUCCAAAGUAGGCUUGCAAGUCUUUGAAUCUAGCGUGCCAAUCGGAGCUACGGCAGAGUACCUAGCAGGCCAUUACAUGCUCCAAGCUGCCUCCUCCUUCCUGCCUUGCAUCGCUCUGGCACCCCAACCGGGAGAGAGGGUGCUGGACAUGGCCUCUGCCCCAGGUGGCAAAGUGACCUACCUAUCCGCUCUCAUGCAAAAUACCGGCGUCGUCUUUGCGAACGAUAGCAACAAGGCGAGAACGAAGAGCUUGAGCGCAAAUAUCCACAGGAUGGGAUGCAAGAACGUAGUCGUGUGUAAUUACGACGGAAGAGCUUUCCCAAAGGUCAUUGGCGGAUUCGACAGGGUCAUGCUCGACUCGCCUUGCAGCGGGACGGGCGUGAUCAGCAAAGAUGCUAGCGUCAAGACCAACAAGGUUCGUGUGAUCGAACGGAUGUCUUCAGUUCGUCGCUGACCGAUAAUGCUUUGCCUACGCAGUCUGAGCGAGAUCUUCAGCUCUUGACGCACCUUCAAAAACAACUGAUCCUCUGUGCCAUUGACAGCGUAAACACGCGAAGCGCUACGGGAGGCUACGUCGUCUACAGCACCUGCAGCGUACUCGUGGAUGAGGAUGAGGCGGUGGUUGACUAUGCCUUGAAGAAGAGACCAAACGUCAAAAUCGUGCCGACCGGCGUGGAGUUUGGCAGAGAAGGCUUCAAGGCGUUCAGGGAUAAGCGAUUUGAUCCGAAGAUGCAUCUCGCUAGGAGGGUCUACGUGAGUCUUUUUGUCUCAUCGACGAGGAGAACUUUGUCUGAUAGACUGACCGGGCCUUCUGCGUUUACCUCUUGCAAAAGCCUCACACGCACAAUGUCGACGGCUUUUUCCUCGCGAAGCUCAAAGUCUCUCCUCGUCAAGCAUCGCAAAAGUCUGGAGAAGUGCGAAUGAUGGACGAUGAAGUCUCUGCUACCGUCGAUGCCAACGGGGACGUCUCCAUGUCGAUCGACGGAAACGAUGCUGGGGCAAGGGGAGAUCAGAGCUUGUUCGAGGAGAACGAGGAGGACUCGGAGAUGAUUGCCAAGAGUCAAAGGAGGGCCGAGAAGAAGAGAGGAGUCAAACCAUCCAUUGGAAAGACUCGUGUUCCCCAUGGUGUCUCUGCUUGA